ACACUACUAAAUGGAUAAUGGUUUAUGUUACACAGGCAUUCGACUGUAGCCCAGACGCUUGCAACUGAUAACAGGCAUAGGUAUGUUUAAUACUCUCCCCUUACCUUUUAGUUUGGCUUGUGAUAGUUUGGAAACUUCUGUGAGAAUUGUGCAGGUGGUUUAUCUCACAUAGAUAUUAGAAGUGUUUUGAUUGGUUGAAUGCGGACUGUACAAAUAUAUAUUAGCCCAAGAGUGCAGCUGAGCCAGUGUCUUUUCCUCAUUAUUGGACCACUGGGUAAAGGCAGGAUGACGUGGCUGAUUUUGGUGGCUGUUUUUGGGCUGAGUGUGGCCCAACACAACCCUCACCUGAAGCAUGGACGUACUUCCAUUGUGCACCUCUUCGAGUGGAGGUGGGCCGACAUCGCAGCGGAGUGUGAGCGCUUCCUUGGACCCUAUGGCUACGGAGGCGUUCAGAUAUCCCCUCCCAGUGAGCACAUUGUCCUGGACAACCCCUGGAGGGCCUGGUAUCAGCGCUAUCAGCCAAUUGGCUACAAACUGUGCUCCCGAUCAGGAAGUGAAGCUGAGCUGAGCGACAUGAUCACCAGAUGCAACAAUGUCGGGGUGAACAUCUAUGUGGAUGCUGUCAUUAACCACAUGUGUGGCUCUGGAGGUGGAGAGGGCACCCACUCGUCUUGUGGCAGCUGGUUCAGUGCCAGCAAACAAGACUUCCCCAGUGUUCCCUACUCCAGCCAGGACUUCAAUAACAACAAGUGCCACACAAGCAAUGGAGAAAUUAAUAACUAUGGAGACCCUAAUGAGGUCCGUAACUGCCGUCUGGUGGGUCUGCUGGACCUUGCUCUGGAAAAGGAUUAUGUCAGAGGUAAAGUGGCAGAGUACAUGAAUAAGCUGAUUGACAUGGGUGUGGCUGGGUUCCGAGUGGAUGCCGUCAAACACAUGUGGCCUGGAGACCUGCAGAAUGUGUAUGGACGCCUGCACAACCUCAACACCAAGUGGUUCUCCAAUGGAUCCAGACCUUUCAUCUACCAGGAGGUUAUUGAUCUGGGAGGAGAGGCUAUCUCUGCCAGGGAGUACUUCCACCUGGGCCGAGUCACUGAGUUCAAAUACGGCGCCAAACUGGGAACAGUGAUCAGGAAGUGGAAUGGAGAGAAACUCAGCUACACCAGGAAUUGGGGAGAAGGUUGGGGUUUCAUGCCUAAUGGAGAUGCUUUUGUAUUUGUGGAUAACCAUGACAACCAGAGAGGCCACGGAGCGGGUGGAGCUUCCAUUGUCACCUUCUGGGAUCCUCGUCUCUACAAGAUGGCCGUUGGGUACAUGCUGGCCCAUCCCUAUGGAGUCACCAGGGUCAUGUCCAGCUACAGAUGGGACCGUAACUUUGUUAAUGGAAAAGAUCAAAAUGACUGGAUUGGACCUCCCAGCAACAGUGAUGGAUCCACCAAACCUGUUACCAUCAACGCUGACCUGACCUGUGGAAACGGCUGGGUGUGUGAGCACAGGUGGAGGCAGAUCUAUAAUAUGGUGAAGUUCCGUAAUGUGGUGAAUGGACAGCCUCACUCAAACUGGUGGGACAACCAGAGCAACCAGGUCGCCUUUGGACGUGGCAACCGUGGAUUUAUCAUCUUCAACAACGAUGACUGGGACCUUGAUGUCACCCUGAACACUGGCAUGCCCGGAGGCACGUACUGUGAUGUGAUUUCGGGUCUGAAGGAGAAUGGCACGUGCACAGGCAAACAGAUCCAGGUGGGAGGAGAUGGCCGCGCCCACUUCAAGAUCAGCAGUCGCGACGAAGACCCAUUUGUGGCCAUUCAUGCCGAGUCCAAGCUGUGAACGACAUCAUGUUUUUACCCACAAUAAUCUCUUUCUGAGUGUGAACAUCUUCAGAGCUGUACAACACAAACAGUAGAUUAAGGUAAUUCCUUAUCCGUUCAUCAUGUUAUAUUACAGCCACAUGUCUCAGUGACAGAGAUUUCCAAACUCAGGAUAAUUUUAGCAAUUCUAACUAAGCAAAAAGGCAGUUUGUCAAUUUGUUUGUAAAUGUGUUCAAUCAAAUAAACCCUUCUUGGAUAA